AUGAUACCUUCGGGGACCUCCGUGACUUAUGUCACUCCAGACUUUUAUCGAAAACAGCUACACUCGAUAAAAUGGUUUAUUCUGCCUUGUUUUUUUCUCAGUAUUUUUAUCGCCAUUCUUUUGAAGUUACGCACACAAAUAUCAAACAGUAAAUCUUCAAGUCUAACUUCCAUAAUGUUGAUCCCGAAAGAAAGAAUGGGAAAAGUGCUUAAAAUUUAA